AUAUUUUAGAAACAUAGGUUACUUGAAUUUUUAGUCAUUGCGUAUUGGUUCUCUUCUAUCAUAUAAAAUAAGAUAUUCCAUGAAAUGAUUAGUUCCUUAAACUUUAUAACAUUAUGUACAAUUUGGUUACAUAUAAAUAAUACUUUUAUUUUAUUCAUAUGAUAGAAUUUGAAAUUAAUAUAUCAGGAUUAUUUUUGCUAUUUACUUAUUGUUUAUGAAAAAUUGGAAAUCAAAAGAUUGAUAAAUAUAACAUGGUGGAUUUUUAAAAAUUAAAUAUUAAACUCGAUUUCAUUUGAGUUUUGAAAAAAUAUGGCUAGUCCACGAACUCGAAGAAUUUUAAGUGAACUUAAACCAAAAGAUGAAAAUAAUAAAUGUUUUGAAUGUGGAACUCACAAUCCUCAAUGGGUUUCUGUCACAUAUGGUAUAUGGAUUUGUCUUGAAUGCUCAGGCAAGCAUAGAGGACUUGGUGUCCAUUUAUCAUUUGUUCGAUCUAUUUCUAUGGAUAAAUGGAAAGAUUUAGAAUUAGAAAAAAUGAAAGUUGGUGGAAAUAAAAAUGCUCGUGAAUUCUUUGAAUUACAGCCUGAUUGGAAUGAUAGUAUGUCAAUAACACAAAAAUAUAAUACUAAAGCAGCAGCAUUAUAUAGAGAUAAGAUUGCAACAUUAGCACGUGGAGAAAACUGGAGCCCAACUACAUCCACAGCUAAGGAUUUUCAAUCUUCAAUAUACUCAGAAAAUCAACAAGAUUAUUCUUCAUAUCAAAGUGAUUUAUCAAAUUCUUAUCAAAAUUUUAAUUCAAAUAAUUAUAAGUCUCAAACAGAAGCUUUUUUUACAAAAAAACAAAAUGAAAAUGCCAAUCGUCCAGACAAUAUUCCACCUAAUCAAGGUGGUAAAUAUGGAGGAUUUGGUUAUCAAAUGAAUCCACCACCUAAAAGUUCAUCACAAGAGUUUUUUGACAAUGCAGUAUCUUCUUUAGCAAGUGGUUGGUCAAUACUUUCUUCAUCAGCAUCAAAAAUAGCAAGCAAAGCUACAGAAAAUGCCAUUAGAACUGGAGAAUUAGCUAUACAAAAGGUACGUGAUGGUACUUUUUGGGAAGAAGUUGGAACCCAAGCUAAUAAUAUAGCUGCUAAGGUUGGAGAUUUAGGAAGAAGAGGAUGGGGUGAUAUUGGUGGAACAAAUUCAAUUGAACAAAAUCAAUAUAAUUCACAAGAACAUUAUCAAAAUUCUUCCACAAUUUAUCAAAAUGUAUCACAAUAUCAUUCUCAAAAACCUCGUUUAAUGAAAUCAUCCAAAAAUGAUGUAUCAAUUGCAAAUUCUUCUAAUUGUGAAUGGCAUUGGGAUAAUGAUACAAAACAAAAUAAUGAAAUAACAGAUUCUAAAUCCCUUCCAAGAAAAUCAAAAGACAAAGAAGAAACAUUAAUCAAUUUUGAUAUUGAUAAUCAUGUAUCUAAUUGGAAUACAAAACUGGAAGACGAUGCAUGGGAAAUAUUAAAAAAUUAAUUACUAUUUAAUAAUUAAAAAAUUUUUAUCAAUGUUCGAAAUUUUUAAAUAUCUUAAUCAUUUUUGAGCUUGUAUAAAGCAAUAUAAUAAUGAUUUUUAUUUUAU